ACAACAAUCUCGUCACACCGAUGUCUCUCGUCUACCUUCCGCAGGAGACGACUCCAGUCCAAAACGACGCGCUCUGGGCGCUUGCCUGGCUCGGCCCCCGCCUUGUUUCUGGCGGUGCCGACGGCAUUGUCCGCAUCCACGACCCUACGGACCUCGCACUCCCGCUGAACGAGCUCGAGGCGCUGCCUUUGGCCAUAUCGAGCAUCAGCGGAAGUGCGGACGGGCGCUUCAUUGCCUCGAGUCUCGACGGUACCGUAGCCCUCGCGGAGGAUGGCAAGUGGGUUGACAGGUUUGAUACAGGGCGCGAGAGUGACGUUCCAGCGUACGCGGCCGCACUCCAUCCUCAAGCCGAGGCCUGGGCGUGGGCUGGGCGCGGGACGAAGGUCGCGCUCCGGCGCAUCUCCGAUAAGCUGGCCGGCGAGGAGAGCUCGGCUACCCUCGAGAAGGGGCGGUUUGGAAUGACGGCCAAGUUCUCGCCCGACGGGCGACAGCUCGCUGUCGGCAUGGAGAGUGGACAUGUCGCCGUGCUUGACGUCUCGACGUCGACCGUCGUGGCGAGCUACGCCGCGCACGCGCUGUGUGUGCGCACCCUCGACUGGAGCCCCGACAGCCAGUGGUUGUACUCGGGCAGCGACGACGCGCGCAUCGUGCUCCACGACGUGCGGGCCGGCGGAGAAGGCGCGCGUGGUGAGGGAGCUGUUGCGAUUCUGCAGGGACACCAGAGCUGGGUGCUGAGUACCGCGGCCAGCCCCGACUCGAAGCUCCUUGCAUCUGGCGGCGCCGACAAGAUGGUCAAGCUUUGGGAUGUGGGACAGCGUGCAUGCGUUAGCACCAGCACGGCCGAGGCUGAGGUGUGGGGUGUGGCCUGGCAGGGCGAGUACGAAGGCGCCCUGCCCGCAGGGAAGCAGUUCGCCAUCGCGGGCGACGACAAAAAGGUCAGCCUUUACCGCGCGGCGGGGGCUGUGUAAUUGCAUGCAUUCUGUACAACCUAACCGGCGUGCUCGACGAUCUCUGUGACAAGGCGGCCGUUGACGACGCGGCUCUUCAUCUGCUCGGGGAUCGGCCGCUCGGCGUAGUCCCCGUCGUCGCUGGUCGGGAUGGAAAUGUUGAUCGCCGAGGUCUUGGCCGUGAUGAUCUCAACAGUGUCCAUGCACCCCUUGGACAGGUACACUUGCCCAGAGUCGGUGGAGUCCACCUGGAUCGUGGGUACGAGACCCGUAAUCUGGACCUCAAACGAGGGCGACGAGGUGAUGCUCAGCGACGAGACGAGCGUGUCAAC